UAUCUCUAUCUGUCGGAAAAAGACAAAUAUGUCAGAUUUUCGCGCCAACUAGCGGUGAGCACGGAGCCACUGGAAACUUAGUAUUUUUAAAGUAAUAUAUUCCCUUUUUACGUCGGUGCUUUUAAAACGAAUACUAAGUUAAUAAACAAUAAUUCUUCUAUCGACAAACCAAGUAUAAUGUUUUAAUUCUAUAUUGUUGUAGAGUCAUCAAGACUUUCGAAAAUCUAUGGUAAACAUGCUUCGAAAAUUGUUCCAUCAACACAUUUUUUAAAAGUAGUUGGUGUAAUAAUUAUUCAUUUGUACUUUGAGUCUACAAGUGUUUACAUACGAAAGACAAUGAAUGGCCAUGAUAGCAAAACGCAGGUAUUAGAAAUGAACAGUAAUUUGUCAGAUUCCGACAUAGACGGUGAUAAUACAAGUGAUGUAGUUCCUAAAAACAACUCCGCGAGUGUUAAACUAAACUUUGAGUCAAGUGAUGAAGAGUGUGCAUCUGUGUCGCGAGUUAAGAAGAGAUUGCAACGCUUUACAGACAGUGAUAGUGACGUUGAGACAGAUGUCCAGGAAACAAAUAAGGUCUCAGGUGCAAAUGAAAUAAAAAAUAAAAUCUCAACCAGUGAACAGAGUGAGUCAAAUGAUUCCGAUUCUGACUCUGAUAAUCAUCAAUCUAACAAAAAUGAAGAACAACAAUUAAGAAUGAAAAACAAAAGGAAUAAACUAAGACAGAAGUUCAAGAGCUUGGUCACUUCAAGAUCUAAGGAGACCUCUAAAGUAUUACCUGAUAGUGAAAAAGAACAAAAUCAUAGUAAUUCUGAUGAAUCUAUGGAUGAGGAAACUUUUCUUAAUAAUGAACAGGAAACCAACAACAGCAUGCCAUUUAAAUCAUCUAUUUGUGAUCCUGAUACAUCAGAUGAGGAGAACAUAAAUGAUAAAAAACAAAAACAUGUGUCAAAAUUACACCAAAGGAAGUCAACAAAACCUGUAUCACCGAAGCCAUUGAGGAUGUCAGCAAAACAAGCAAUGGAAAAUAUGCAAAAGAUAAGAAGUGAGUCAAAUCGGUUACUAAGAGAAAGGGAGAUUUCACUACCAUAUCACAGACCUAAAGCAUUCUCCUUAAAAGAUAUUAUGAGCAGGAGAAAACCUGCUAUAUCUGCUGAUGGCAAAGCUCUCCCAAUAAAGAUGAACACAGAACAAUUGAAGGAAUAUGCCCAAAUCCUGGAACAACGACAAAAAGAGAUUAUGGACCUUUGUAAAAGUGAGAGUGAUGAAGAACAGGACAAUUGUGACACAGCUUUUAAUCAAAAAGAAUCAUUGGAGACCACAAAUGAUCAAUGCACUGAAAAUAAUAAAGAUAAUUCCACUAAUGUGCAAGCAGCCGAUUUAACUUUAGCCAAAGAUAUCCCUUUACAAAAAGAAACUGAAUUAACCAAUAUUGAUGGUGUUUGUGAUAAAAACAUGAAACAAGAUAAUAGUUCAAAUAUUAUGGAAGUUGAUACACAAUGUUCCUCAGAAGAUAAUUUAUUAGCUAUUAAUAAUAAUUUAAAUAAAGAAAAUGAAGAACCAAAUAUACAUAAGAUUGCAAAAAAUGAUACUUUGGUAGAGAAUGUGACACAGAAUCUGGAUGUAACAGACAAAUCUGUCAAUGAAGAAAUAGCAAAAAUCCCAACGGAACCUGAAAGUCAAAUAAUUAAUUUGCAUUAUGAUUCUGAAAAUACUCUUAAUGACAAACUUGUUAUUGAUGGAAGUAAUAGUGAGAUACUCAAGAAAGAUGAAUUUGAACUACGAGAUAAUGAUUCCUCUGAUGAUAUUGACAUGGAUUAUAUUGAUCAGCUUAUUGAAAAUGCAGACAACACAAAAGAUAAAACCUAUGAAAAUACUGCAAAAUCUUCCACACUCAGCACUACAGCAGUACCUCUUGAUAUUAAACCUAAACUAACUGGAGCUCCAGGCAUGGUAAUUGAUUUGGACGGUAAUGAAUCUAUCACAUGUAAGAAGAUGUCUGGUGUUGAAUUAUUAAAAGAGAGAUUCACCUUUUUUGCAAAAUUAAAAACACCAGAAGAAUUGGAAAGAGAAAAUGAAAAGAAAUUGAAACCAGGUGUACAGCAUCUGAAGUUAAAACAAGAGCUUGAGAAUAUUAUUGCAGAGCAGAGAUCUCUGGAAUGGGCUAAACGUUUGAACGAAGAGAAGCAAAAGCAAAUGGAAUUGAAAGAACUCAGAGGCGAAGAAUCUGACGCAGAAGAGGAUAUUGAAAAAAUUGAGGCAUUGAUAGAUGAAAAAGACGUUGCACAAGGAGAAACGUCUGAAGAGGGUGAAAGUGAACCUGAGGAAGACGAUUUAGGAGAAAUAAAAGAAAAGCCUAGAAAGAAACAUUCUAUGAUUGAUGAUGAAGCAGAUGAAUCAGAUUGUAAUGAAGAUAUUGAAGAAAAGCAGACUGAUAUUAAUGAGGAUGAAAAUAAAGCAAAUGAUAUAGUCAACGAGGAAAACGACUCGUCUGAUGAAGAAACCAGUAGUGACGAAGCCAGUGAUGAUGAGUCAGAAGAUGAAGAAGAAGUUCCAAAGGUGAAAAAAGGAAGAAUUUUAAAAGCUUUUGUAGACUCUGAUGAUGAAACUGCUAAUGAAAGAGAAAAAACAACCGAUAACAUAAAAGUAAAUGAUGUGAAACCCAUUUUUGUUAAAGACAAAAUAAUAACUGAGAAUAAUAAAGAGAAAGAAAUCACAAAUAAAGAUAUGGGUCCUGAAUGUGAAGUUGGAAGUCAAAUGCAUAAGCAAUCUCAAGAUGACGAAAUACAAUUAGCUCAGCGAAUGGAAUCAGCUUCAGAUGAUAUGUUCGGAAGUCAAGAAAGUGCUUCACUGAUACCGAGAACAUAUUCUCAAGGGGAUGACGACGAAAACGCGUUAGGCACACAAACGUUUUCAAUAUUAAAAUCUACUAAUACUAAUGAUGUGCUGUGUAAUUUAGAAAACUCACAAAAAUUAAGUUUUACACAAACAUUAGAUAGUAAUCUAGACGCAGCUGCAGCUCAUUGUCCCGGAGAGUUCAUAGAAAAUCUGAUUCCUUCCAGUUUAACAUCAAGCCAACCAGCAAUAGAACAGUCUCUGCCAAUUGGUGAAGACGUUUUAGCAUUAUGUACUGGAAACUUUUAUGAUAACCAGUUCAUAUCGCAAUCUGGUGAAAAUAAAGAAAGUGAAAUACAAGAGGCUGUUAAUGAUACUUUCGAUGAUAGUUGGUCUAAGGUCGAUUCUCAGGAAAAGGAAACAGAUACAUCCGUUGCUAGCUGUAAUACGCUAAAAGAUAAUGAAGCACAGCAUAAUGCAAAUAUAAUAGAUAAUGUUGAAAUGAAUAAUAAAGAUCAACCACAAGUAAAAUCUCAACAAAAAGCUGAAGAUCGUAAUCUACUUCAGUCGAUUAUUGACGAAUUAAAUGACGACAAAAUAGAUACAUCAAAGCUAAAUAAAUAUUUUCCAAGCAAAGAUACUCAUAAUGAUGAAAAUGAUAAAUUUAAAAAGAAGUUCGUCAUUGAAUCAGAUGAUGAAAUGAAUGUCGAUGUAACUGAAAAAAAGAAAAAGAAAAAAGUUAAGAAGAAAAAACCCGAACAGCGAGCUUUGCAGAUAUCAGAUGAUGAAGAAGAGGAUUCUUAUGAGGAGGAAGAUCUGGUGCAAGAAAAUGAGGCUGAGCGUAUUGUCGAAUAUGAUUCAGAAGAGAAUGAGAUUGAAGUUAUACAACAAAACCCAAAGAAAAAACGUAAAGCAAUAGAUUUCUUUGAGAACGAAGCUGAGUUGACUUCAGAAGACGAGUGGGUUGGCUCUGGUGAUGAGGAUGAAGCUGGUCUGGAUAGAAUGGAGCGCGAGGAAGGCGACGACGAGACUUUCCACCAAGGGAAACUGCAGAGGGAGCUGGGGCAAAUUCAUAUGCGUGACGUGUUAGAUCAGGACAAAAGAGAAGUGCGACUUAUCCAAGAGUUGCUGUUUGAAGAUGGAGAUUUGGGUGGUGGUAGUCGACAGCGUAAAUUCCGCUGGCGGAAUGCAGAUGGUGAGGAGGGGCCCGACGCCAUAGUGAAUGAUUUUGCGGACACCCAAGAAGAAGAGUUUGAAUCUGAAGAACAAUGGCGGAAACAAAGGCAUGAGAGAGAGACUUUCUUGAGGCAAAUGGAAGAGCAAGAGAAAAAUGAAGAUUCUCCUAAUGUAACCAUCAGUAGAACAAGUAUAAUAAAAGCUAAUUUAACCUCAAAGUCUAUGUCAAGUUUAUUGUUAGAAGUUAAUGAUACCACUAUAAAGAAGACUGAUAUAAUAGAAAACUCCAUGACCAAGGAAAAGCCUUUUAAAGAUAUACCCAAUCCUAUAAAUGGCUUUACUAUUUUGCAGCAAAACUACCACAGUUCACUCCUAACACGCGGGCGUGGUGCUCUUGCGCGCCUCGCCGCUCUCGCCACUCCCCUAGCAGUCGAUGAAGACUCAACUAAAGUCGCUACUGUGGCGCAGAAGAAUCAGCGAAACUUCGUGUUUGCCGCAAUUACUAAAGAGGACAAUGGACCUAAGGUUACGAAAAGGAAAGCCGACAGUAAAAUGGACACACCGAGACUUGUAAAGAAACUAAAGACUAAAGAGAAGAAUGACAAGCUGUUCCCUUACGCAGAAGAGAACGUAAAGGAGUUUCUUGACACAAAAUGGGAGGAAGAUGAUGUGAAGGAAGCAGUGGCGGCGCUGAGGAAGCUGGCCCUCGAAGAUCAGGAGAAGAAUGUCGAGGGAGCAGUCGUUAUCCCUGGCGAGGACGCUUCUAAAGAGGAGCAGAUCGAAGGCCUGGUGAAGAAUGUCAAGUGGCAAAUGUCGUCCGACCGUAAGGCUGGACCGUUGAAGCAGCUUCAAGGACUCAUUUGGAAACAAGGAUACGACAAAGGCGACAUUAAAGGACACGUAUACGACGACGUCCUACCGGCCCUCGAACAAUGGCGCUCUGUACAGGGGCACAAAAUCUACAUUUACUCAUCGGGCUCGGUCCAAGCUCAAAAACUACUGUUCGGCCUGUCUUCCUCCGGUGACUUGCUGCCGCACAUCGACGGCCAUUUCGACACCGCGGUGGGCGCCAAGCAGGAGGAAUCGAGCUACAAAGCUAUAGCUGAGAAAAUUGAUUGCAAGCUCGAUGAGAUUCUAUUUUUAACCGAUAUUGUGAAAGAGGCAGAGGCGGCUCGCGCGGCCGGCAUGUUCGCGGCGCUGGUGAGCCGCGAGGGCAACGCGCCGCUCCCCGCCGACGCCGCCGCCGCCUACCCCGUGCUGCACAGCCUGGCGCAGCUCACCGCCACCAACAAGCGCAAGCCCGACACCCAGGAUGAACAACCGGCAAAAGUGCCUAAAACUGAAACUGAAGGCGAUGUCAAAACUACUGCUGAUGAAAUUGUUGAAAAGUCCUCUGAAGUACCUGAGAAAGCCGCUGAACCUGAAGUAGAGAAAAUGGAAGUUGAAGAUAAACCUGAUGAAGUCCAGGAAAGCAAACCAGAGGCAGUAGUAGAAACACCAGUCCAAGUGGAAACUGUGAUUGAGGAAGUUGUGGACAAAACGGAAGCUGCCACAGCUGAAGUGGAAAUGAAUCCAGUGGUACAGGAAGUCUCAGACAAGCCCGAAGAAUCCAAAUCUGAGAAGAUGGAAAUAGAAGCUAUCGAAAAAGAAGAGGAGAAACCUGCCGAGGAUAAUACGAAUGAGUCCAAAGAUAAAGUCAAAGAUAAGAAUGACGAUGAGAAAACGGCCCCUGUGGCUGAAGAGACUCCACCAACGGUUAUUACAGAAAUAGAGGAAAUGACUGAUGAUAAACAAAAUUCCAGUGAAGUUGCAGAAGUUAUUGAUAUUGAACCGAUAGUUGAAGAGCCCCCGGCAACUGAAGAUAUUGAAGAUCUUAAAAAUGUGGGUGAAGUACUAGAGAAAGAGUGUGAUGAGAUUCUAUCCAAGGUCCAAGACGUUACUAACUUGGAUAAUAUACCCUUAAAACCCUUACAUCCUAUUGUUGAAGAAACUAUGGAAACUGAAAAUAUUGAUUCGAACGAUAUUGUUGAUAAAAUUUUAGAUACGGAAAUGGAGAUGGCUAUGAAACCAUGUGAAGCUGUUCCAGUUAGUACGGAAGUAGCGGAAGUGGCCGAAGUAAAAACGGACACGGAUGAAAAAUUCAAGAAAGCCGAUCCGGAUGCCGAGGCUGUUAAGGACGACAAACACGUAGAAAUGGUUCCAGAAGAAAAGAAAGAAGAGUUAAAAGAGGUUGAAACAGUUGUUCCUACAGAUAAGUCAAAAGAUAAAAUAAAUGAAAAAGAGGAAACAAAACCAGAAGCUGUAGUAGAAAACGCGACAUGUACAGAUGUUAAGACACCUGAAGUGGAGAACAGUAAAGCGACACCAGGCGAAACCACAAUGGAUACAGAAGUAAAAGCUGGAGAGAGUAAAGCAAAUACAGAUGAAAGCAAAACAGAUGAAAAAUGUGAAUUGGGAGACAACGUAGAAGUGCAAAAGGCAGAUGCUGCCAAUUCAGACCCUGUAAGUAAAGAAUCACCUGUAGAAAGUUCAACCGAGAAGGAUGUUGCAGAAACAAAGGAAGAAAGCACUGAAGAAGUUAAAGCUGACAGCGAAGUAACAGACGCACAAAUCAACGGUAACACAACAAAUGGUGAUUCUGGAACAGUAAACUUAAACGGAGACGUGAGUAAGGACGAAGAAUUAAGUUCCCGGCUAUCAGUUGAAAAUGGUAAAGAUACAUUAAAUGGUUCAAACGGCAAUUCUGUUGAAGAACAAGGACAAGGUGACAAUAAAGUUGAACUUGGUGUAUCGGACAUUAAAGUGAAGAGCGUCGCCACGGACGAGUCUCGCAGCGAUCCAAUAGAGCAACCCACGGAAGCAUAAAAUAUCUUUUGUCGGACGAUCGGAACAGCAGGGCGUCGCAGCGUUGUUGGUUCACAUCAGAAGAAUGACAAGACUGAGGUUGCUUCCACGCUAAUUGACAUCACUUCCUAGUUUAUACGUGUAUUGAAAUUUCACUGUGUACUGUGCGGUGACGGUUGGUGUACACUGAAAACGCCGAGCAAAUGUAAAUGCACAAAAUUAAUGUUCCGGUGUGUGCAUGACGUAUUAUUUGUCCGUCGCGACUACGAGUUUGUGUUUAUGUGACUCGUGUCGUAAAUAUUCGUCGUAAGUGAUUAAAUCUGUAAAUGUAGGUCAAAAAGCGAUCUUGAUGUACUGUAGGGCGGCAUGGCAAAUAAUAUUUCGUGUUUGCGGUAAGAAAAGACUUGCUAUGUGUGACUGUUGUCAAGUAUUAUGUGAAUAUUACAGUAUUUUUUAACAAGAAUUACUAUUAGUGAGUGCGAACAAAAUAGCGAUAAUGUUCAAUAAUCAGAGUAAACUGAUUGUCCUGUAAGUCACAAUUAGAGUGGCGUUUCGACAUUGAUUCCAAUCAGUUAAACUUAAGAUUACGUCAGUAACGAGAAGACAUUCCUAAUUUAAUGAUGUUAUUCUGGUUUAUUUGAUGUUAGAGCUAUUAUCAAAGACUUAAUAUUUUUUGUAUCAUCUCAUUUUGGUGCUUCAAAUUUGCUGAUCUUACGUGCCAAUACAUGAGCAAAAUUUUGUGAGUGCUUUUUAGAUAUGCUGUAAGAUUUAGUAUUUAGUGGAUUAUCGGUCUCGGAAAAUUGAUUAGAAUAUAUUUGAAAUAUAUCAUUAAGGAAUGUUCUGUUAGUGGUAGGUGUAUAUCUGCGAUAUGUUGUUUGGUUAUAAAACGCGAACUCCCCACCGCGAGGCUAACAGUGUGUGUUCUCCGUCACCGACUUUCGUAUUUGACUUAGGUAAGUUCUAUUCGUAAGUAUUAACUGUAUUGUGAUUCUUAAUUAUCGUAUAUUGUAUUACUCGAUUUUCUUAAAUCCACUGCCAAACACUCGUAUUUUCAUUCGCAGUCGGUCUAAUGACAAUGGUUAUGACAGUUCCAGAUGGCAACUUGUGAAUACAUAAUCAUAUUUAUAACAGCAUCCAUAACUUCACCAUGUCGGUGCAAUGUCAAGUCUGGGACACGCGGUACUGUGAUAAUGGACAUGAUAAAGACUGUUUAUUUUUUUUUCAUUUUUUGGUAAUUGUUUUCUGGCUGUGUUAGGUUUAUAUUGGAUGACGAGCGAUAAGGUAUGGUGUAACGUGAAACUGACUGAAAUUUUACUAUGAAAUUGGACGGUAAUGCAAAGCAACACGAGAGAAGCUGUAUAUUUUAAACAAUGACCAAGAUAUAGUUUGUUUUGUGAAGAGUGAAAACAGGAUUUCCGAAUUUGCGUAUAUAAUAUAUUCUUUCGCAAAAAACAAGUAUUAAAAUAAAUAAUAAUUUUAUGAUAAAAGUUUACAUGUUCCCUAAUUAUGAAUUUAUUCCUAAGUCAUUUCUUUUUAAUUAGAAAUAUAGUGAAGGCUGAAUUUAUUUUUUUCGGUUUAUGACUGCAAUUAUUUAUUUAUUGAUAUAAUUUCUAUUCGACAUUGGUAGACUGUAUUUUAUUUCUAAGCUGUAAACGUUCCUGUGUUAGCUAUAAGGCCGAAGCUGUUGUGUUCAGUGAGUUGGAAAUUAAAUAGACCAACUUCGGAUGAAAGUACGAGCCUCUUCGUUUAGACUGAUUUUUUACUAUUCAUACUCUACUCAAUCAUUAUCCCUGAACUGGAUAUAAAUGGUCGAAACGCGUGACAAUUAUCAGAAACUGGGAUAAUGCGUGAGCCCGAGGGGUGCCCUAACAACUAAGUAAAUCAUACAUCGUUUAAGUUGGUACAUUUUAUUGUAAAAAUGAACAAGAAAUCUCAAAAGCAAUUGAAAUGUAUUAGUUUUAACUGUCACCACUAAUGACGUUAAAAUAUAAUGGAUGUAGAAUUUUUC